AGGAUGCAAGCUGCUGUUAGACACCAACGAAGAAGAGGAGGCGGACGCAGCAGUAGCUAGCAGCGGCCGCCGCAGGGAGCCGGUCCACAAUUCUCUUAGGAUUUUCACAUUAAAUCAUCAAAACGUCGUACGCAAUGAGAGGGGACCGCGGCAGGGGCCGGGGAGGCCGCUUUGGGUCCCGCGGAGGUCUGGUCCAAGGGUACCGUCCAUUUGUCCCACACAUCCCGUUUGAUUUUUAUGUGUGUGAGAUGGCCUUCCCCAGAGUAAAGCCUGCACCUGACGAGACAGCUUUCAGUGAGUGUCUGCUGAAGAGAAACCAGGACCUGAGCCCCACACCUGCAGAGCAGUCCUCCAUCUUGUCCCUGGUCACAAAGAUCAACAAUGUCAUUGACAACCUGAUUGUUGCACCGGGCAACUUUGAAGUGCAAAUUGAAGAGGUGCGUCAGGUGGGGUCGUACAAGAAGGGCACCAUGACGACCGGACACAAUGUGGCCGACCUGGUUGUAAUCCUCAAGAUCCUCCCUACAUUGGAGGCUGUCGCUGCUCUUGGCAACAAGGUGGUGGAGACCCUUCGCACACAGGAUCCUACUGAAGUGCUGUCCAUGCUGACCAAUGAGACGGGCUUUGAGAUCAGUUCAGCUGAUGCCACAGUCAAGAUCCUCAUCACCACCGUCCCUCCCAACCUGCGCAAGCUGGACCCUGAGCUGCACUUGGACAUCAAGGUGCUGCAGAGUGCGCUUGCUGCCAUUCGCCACGCCCGCUGGUUCGAGGAGAAUGCCUCUCAGUCAACGGUCAAAGUGCUAAUUCGCCUGCUGAAGGAUUUGAGGCUGCGCUUUCCUGGUUUUGAACCUCUCACUCCCUGGAUCCUGGACCUGCUGGGCCACUCUGCGGUGAUGAACAACCCCUCCAGGCAGCCCCUGUCACUGAAUGUCGCAUACAGGCGCUGCCUGCAGAUGCUGGCUGCUGGUCUAUUUCUGCCUGGCUCAGUGGGCAUCACCGACCCCUGUGAGAGUGGAAACUUCCGGGUGCACACAGUCAUGACUCUGGAACAGCAGGACAUGGUGUGUUUCACAGCUCAGACACUGGUGAGGGUUCUCUCUCAUGGAGGAUACAGGAAGAUCCUCGGCCUCGAGGGAGACGCCAGCUACCUGGCAACAGAGAUGUCCACAUGGGACGGUGUGAUCGUCACUCCGUCAGAAAAGGCCUACGAGAAACCUCCAGAGAGGAAGGAGGAGGAGGAUGAAGCUCUGGACGAAGGAGGAGAUGGAGAGGAUGAGAGCAUGGAGACCCAGGAGUGAUGAGGAGGAGCUAAGUAUAAGCUUACCAGCAAGCCUAUUUAAGAAGUCUUUCCAGACGGGCCACGGUGUGUGUUUGGAUGUUACCUGGACAGAAACACCAGCAGGAAAAA